GCCAGCCGCGGGCCCUGUGCAGAUUGGUCGAGCCGGCGCGCUGGGAGGGGCCGCCGAGGCAACAUUGGCGGAUAGGCGCAGCAUAAACGUGGGUCUACAGCAGCGGUAGCUUCGACGCAGACAUCCGUGCCUUGGGCUUACCGGAGUGGGUGCCAGUACCUUUGCGGAAAGAUAUUAUGACCACCCCAGACGCCGACGAUGCAUCUCCCUCACCGGAUUACAGCGGUGAUUUGGACGGGAGCGAAAUGGCAGACUCCAAGGACCAGCGCGCCUCGAGCGAUACUUCACCUGCGCACACGGGCUCCACCACCGGCCAGAAGCCUGCCUCGAACGCCAAAGAUCCCCUCAGGCCGCGCAGGAAGAAGGCGAGGAGAGCGUGCUUUGCCUGCCAGAGGGCCCAUCUCACCUGCGGCGACGAGCGACCUUGCCAACGAUGCAUAAAGCGCGGCCUCCAGGAUGCCUGCCACGACGGCGUGCGCAAAAAGGCCAAAUAUCUUCAUGACGCGCCCGCCGAGGCCUUGAUGCCUGGCGUCGGCGGUCACUAUCCUUCUUCUCAUCUCAACUCCGGCGGCCAGCCUGGCGCAGCGUCGGUCCCGAACGCAGUCCCUCUUGGCCAGCCCAACACAUUUUAUCCGCACGCGGCGCAGCAAGCGAAUUAUAACGUAUACCCUAAUGCCAGCCAGGGGCAGAUGCCGCCACCAAUGCAAGACGCAUCCUCCGUGAUGAAUUCCUUUAGCAACCAGCAAUCGCCGAUAUCUCCGCACUAUGGCCAAAGCCCCCAGCAAGCGCCCGCCAUGCAAACCAUGGCGAACGGACUGCCCCAGGGCCAGCAACAGAGCGCAUCGCAGAUGCAAAACUUUUCAAACAUGCCGUUUGAUCCCAGCGAUCCCGCCAUUUUUAAUUUUGAUCUCGCCAGCCUCAACUUCGGCAAUCAUUACGGAGCGCUCGAGUUUGGCAUGCUUGGCCAUAUGUCCUCGGGUGCUGCCGAGACACCGCCAGAGAACAACAGCGUGAUGAAUCCGCUGAACCAGGCGGCAAGCAUCUAUAACGGACCCAUGAGCACGUCAUCCGGAUCAACGGAGAACUUGGCACUUGCAUCUGGCUUUGGCUUCAACGACGGUAUAACGUCAACGGAUUGGCAAAACGCACAUUCCAGGCAUGGCAGCGCUGCUCAUGUCCAGACGCCAAACAACACCCCAGCCGCAACCACCUUGGAUAGUACCCUACGACAAGAAACUCAAAAUGGCAUGCCGCUUGCUUAUGCUGUCGGUGCUGGACCCGGCAGUUUGGCAAGUGCUAGCCCGGCCUCAUUGCCAGACGUUCCGAGCUUUGAAGCUGGACCAAUGUCGCCAGCUUACUUCCCAAGCCAAACCCAACAGCAGCAACAACAGCAACAACAGCAACAACAGCAACAACAGCAGCAACAGCAACAACAGCAGCAGCAGCAGCAACAACAACACAACCAACAAAUGUACAACAGACAACAGCAGCUGCAAAGUCAACGGGCCCAGGAGCUGCAAAAUCAACAGAACAACGCUGCGUUGAACGCCCAGCAAAACCAAAAUCUGGCAAACCGCAAGCGACGACGUGACCCAAGCGAGAUUUAUGAUUCUGUUACUAGUCCAUACGGUUACACGGAUGGCUUCCACGGUCUCGUCGCUUUGCUGAAGCAACGUUUCUCCAUGGCCAAGCGGUCACGCAUCGCUCAAGCACUAGCCUCGAUCCGGCCCUCAUUUAUCGCAUGCACCAGCACGCUCAACACGGACGACUUGAUCUUCAUGGAGAAGAGCUUCCAACGGACGUUGUACCAGUACGAAGACUUUAUCAACGCUCACGCCGUACCUACCAUCAUCUGUCGUCGCACGGGCCAAGUGGCCGCCGUGUCUCAGGAGUUCAGCCUCCUGACCGGUUGGCGCAAAGACGUGCUGCUUGGCUACGAGCCCAACAUGAACGUCAAUACUGGCGGCAGCAGUGCAUCUACCGCCAACUCCGGCACCGCCUCUCGUGGUGUAGGCGGCACGAACACUCCAAGGGGCUCUAACGUCGACCAGCAGGGCCAGAAUCAGUCCGCUCCCGACAAGCAGCAGCCGGUCUACCUAGCCGAGUUGCUAGACGACAACAGCGUCUGCCAGUUCUAUGAGGACUUUGCCAAGCUCGCGUUCGUCGCACCGCGAGCCACGGCCACACGGGCAUGCAAGCUCAUCCGUUAUCGCACUAAGGAAGACAUGGCGAACCUGGAUAACCUGAACGUCAAGGGCGAGCACGACGGUGGCAAUAAAGACGGCAAGACUGGCCCGCGGUUCACGAACGUCAACGGCAACACGGUGGUGAAGCUGGAAGGAGGCGGUACCGCAACCGUGGGACGCCCCGGUGGGAAGGACGGCUUGAUCGACUGCAUGUUUUGCUGGAGCGUCAAGCGCGACGUGUUCGAGGUGCCGAUGUUGAUUGUUAUGAAUUUCCUGCCCAUAAUGGAAUGAAUAAUAGCACCAUCCGAUACGAAUACCUAACUACCUACACCCACCUCGCUGCCCCAUGUCGGUGGCUAGCGAGAGCAGACGCGGUCCGCCUACAUUAAUAUCCUUACACCCCACCAUCUUCACUUUCUCCUCUGGACCUGCCGCGCCCGUCGCGUGCAGGCUCGACUCGUCGAAUAUAUCCCGCGGUAUAUGGCCGGGCCCACUGCUGCUUUUUUGUUUCUGCUUGUUUGCUA